GGCGGAGGUGGACCUGCCUGUCAGAUGGUUUGUUGUUGUUCUGUCUGCCAGGUUGAGAGGGGAAUGUGAAAGUGAGAUAUUUAACAAGGUAACCAGGAAACAGGACAGCCAGAGCGACGUCCAAUCCGAUGGAGCUUCAGAAGCCGUAACUUUCCCUAACGAGAGAGAAGACUUUUGUUACACACGCUUUCCAAGUCCAGGUUUGAGAGAAGCAUCACAGCUUCUUGUCUUUGCAGUGGAAGCUGAGAGGCUGUUUGUGGACGGUACAAUGAGAGAAGAGGUGUCCUGCACUAACUCCCCUGAAGGAGGUCUGGGGGCCAGCGAGGAGGAAUUGGAGAGAGGAUCGAAGAAGAAUCACCAAGGAGGAAAUCGAAAGCGUACGCCUUUCCCCAAGAAGGACAGCAUGGGUCAGACAGAGGAGAGCAGCACCGGCAGUCCCACCAGCCUGCUGCCGUCAGGCCCCAAGAAGGUGAAGAAAAGCCCAACGACAGUGGUGUCGUUGGCCCCCACGCCGCUGGGGCCCAGACUCGAUCAGCCCUUUGAGGACCUCCACACUCAGCGUGUUAUCGCAAACGUGCGGGAGCGUCAACGCACUCAGUCCCUGAACGACGCCUUCUCAUCUCUACGCAAAAUCAUCCCCACACUACCUUCGGACAAGCUGAGCAAGAUCCAGAUCCUGAAACUGGCCUCGCGCUACAUCGACUUCCUGUACCAGGUGCUGCAGAGCGACGAGAUGGACGCCAAGCUGGCCAGCUGCAACUACCUGGCCCACGAAAGACUGAGCUACGCCUUCUCCGUCUGGAGAAUGGAGGGGGCCUGGGCCAUGUCCGCAAGCCACUAGGAUCCCAUCGAACUUCUCUUCUAAACCCUCUCGUGUCCACAUCUCCACCCCACCGCCCGUGUCUGUGUUUGCACCCACUUCCUGACCUCUGAACCUCUGAAUUCUUCCCCUCUUGGUCUGAUCUUAACCUUUUCAUCUCAAAACUCCCUAUACAUUCCUGCUACAUCUAUGUGAUCCAUGAUGGUUCACUUCAUCUGUAUAGACAGUUGGAUCUUCAAACCCUCUCAGUUCACCCUGUUCCCCUCCACUGUUUCCACUGCUCUCCCUUGUCUGUCUUACAGUUUAAUCCAGUGCAACAAGACGCUCCACUGCAGCCCCCCAG